AUGAUCGCUGACGGCGCUCUCGUCCAGGCCAGUGAAUGCUUCUAUGAUCGCCUCGAUUCGCUGAUCGAACCUCGGUUUCUGCAAAAAUGCGCGACAGCCGCCAUCGUCCUCGCCGCCUUAUGGCGCUCCCUGCUGGCCGUGACGGUGAUCGCUUAUCAUGCAGAGGAGUUUUACGGCGCUGCCACUGCUGCACUGACAGCUGGGCAGCGCGCGUCGGAUGACGAUGAAUCGGACUCGUCGUUGUCAAGGUCUUCAGGGUUGUACAGGAAGAGACCGAGGGAGAUGCGUAAGGAGAGAUCUGGGAAAGGGGUUAGGAGAGGAGAAGAGGAUGGGAUGAGGGAGCUUUCGAAGGCGAUCAUGAGUAUGACUGAGAUAUAUGAGAAAGUGGAGAUUGAUAAGCAGCGGCAAAUGAUGGAGCUCGAGAAGCAAAGGAUGGAGUUUGCCAAGUCGUUGGAGUUUCAGAGGAUUCAGAUGUUUGUUGACUCACAGGUCCAGCUGAUGAAGGUGAAGUGUGCGAAGACCAGUAAUGCUGGUGAGUGCUUCAGUCUUUUGUUGCAUUAAAUUUCUUUUUGGAUAGAUUUGUUUCACUUUUAAACAGUGUUAUCAAUGCAUGAUGCACGAUCGGUGGCGUAAAUUCCCUUUAUGCGUACAUGCUAAAGGUGCAACGCAAUGCACAUGCUUAAGUGAAUUGAGGCGCACACUGCACACAUAAAAUUUCAAGAUAGAUAAUCAAACAUAUAAUUCUUGAUGAGUGGUCUUAA